AUGAAAAAGUUCAAAGCAUUCACAGAUGAACCGAAGGACAUAUUCAUCGAUGGCUUGAAGGCCCAUCUGGAGGGUGUGACUGCCAUCACCUCAUCGGAGGAUGGUGAGGAUGGGGAUGAUGAUCGGGAUUUGGGUGGAAAAACUAUUUCAAGGCAUGUCACUCGGGGUACAGGGAUGAGUAAGCCGAGAGCAUCAAGAAAGACAUCGAUGAUUGAAAAUCUAGAAAAGCGUGUGUUUAGGCUGGAGGAGUCGAUUAAGGACAUCGUUGAUUUUGUGAAAGAGAAGAGGCUGAGGAGAGCAGAAAAGGAGAAGUGUGCAGGUGCAAAGUCGGCAUUCAGCGGAAAGGGUGUCUGCGAUGACAAUGGCAUUAAAAAAGCGCUCCUUGAGGUAGCAGCUUUGGAACAGGCCUCGAUCAAUGCUGAUGAGGUGAUGAUCCCUGAGGUUGCAGCUGUUGUAGAGAAGGAAAAUCUCGAUGAAGAAAAAAACAAAGCUGAUGGAUCAACUGGUAUGGAGAAGGAGGAUGAUGAUGAACGCAGGCAGGAUGAAGAUGAUAAAAGUGAGAAAAGUGGUUGUGAAGAAGAAAACAAUGAAGGAAAUGAAGAGAAAGUAGAAGAGAAGAAUGCAGAAGAAGUAGAGAAAGAAGAGGGAGAAGAACAUAAAAAAAAGGAAAAAAUAAUGCACCAGAAAAAAAGGCAUCGGGGAGAAAGAAAACGAAAAUAA